GCCUGCGAAAUUUAUGUAUCAUCAUACCAUCAUCCGAAUUGGGAGAAUGAAAAGAACGUUUGCUCCAUCCCUGAAAGAAAUCUUAGGGAAACCCAGAUCCCAAAUCACAGAAUAGACCCAUGCAGGUCCCAUAACCAAUCACGUUGCGACAUUAUACAUUCCAGGACGAUUUUAAAACAAAUAAAUGGCCAUGUCGGUUUGAGAGAAAAACCCACACGAGGCUGUCCAACAGGUGCACCAAUAGAGCAGCAGCAGUACAGUUGGUAUUUUCCCCAUCAAAACCGGCUUUAGCCCACCCCUUGGAUACCCUCACCACUUAUCGCAGUCCCACCAUAUUUCUAUACAUUAAGCUCUCCAUCUCCGUUUGCUUCACACUCCACUCUACAAAACAGAUACUACCACCAUGUUGACAAGGAAAGAGCAGCACCAAGCGGCAGCGACGGUGAAGGUGGAAGUUGGUUUAUCAGGUUUGGAUCUGCACGACCACCCUAUUACAAAUAUUAAACCCAGUAGCAAGAACAAAAGAAGAUUCAGUGAUGAACAAAUUAGGUCACUAGAAUUCAUGUUUGAGUCAGACUCAAGACCAGAGUCGCAGAAAAAACAGCUGCUAGCUAAUGAGCUUGGACUACAGCCUCGACAGAUUGCUAUCUGGUUCCAGAAUAGGAGAGCUAGAUCAAAAUCUAAGCAAAUUGAGCGAGAUUACAACAUUUUGAAAGAGAGUUAUGAUGCUCUUGCUUCUAGCUAUGAAUCCUUGAAAAGAGAGAAUCAAUCAUUGCGUAUCCAGUUGCAAAAACUGAAGGGUCAACUUGAGAUGGAACAUGGAAACAAAACCCAUGAACCAAACAGAACUGGAAACAGUGGCGAUGGCAAUUCCGAGAACAAGAGUGUUAUAUGCGACGCUAACGAGAAGAUUACCUUUCUAUUUGAAGGCUAUGACCACAUGAUUUCAAGCGAUAACAAUAGCAGAGAUGCUGAGAGCAGGGAUGAGGAUAGAGUGGUUCUGGAUAUGAUGGAAGCCACAGAUGGUUCCUUGACUUCAUCAGAAAAAUGGUGCGGCUUCGAAUCCAAUUGUUUCCUUGAUGAAUCAAGUUGUAGUUCAAAUUGGUGGGAAUAUUGGUAAACUUGAAUGCGAAGUGAACAUAUGCAGCGCUUGCACUAUAGUACACUGACUGACUCACAUCAGAAAUUUCAAUUCUGUCUGCAUAUAUUUUUCUAUCGGCAUGUAACUACAUCCAUGAUGCAUGCACCUUCGGUUCGUUUUCUUUUUCCUC